CUGGUGAAAACUGCGGGCACCAGGCUGGAUGCAGCAUCUGGAGGCGGCAGUCAUCCGAAGGAAGCUGCAACCAGAGAGGACCGGAGUCCAGAUCCUGGACUGAGCACUGGACACCAUGAACCCCACCAUUGGCAUCGUUCUUCUGCUCACAGUUUUGCAGGUGGCCUGUGGGCAGAAGGUGACCAGCCUGACGGCCUGCCUGGUGAACCAAAGCCUUCGUCUGGACUGCCGCCAUGAAAAUGCAACCACCUUGCCCAUCCUAUACGAGUUCAGCAUGACCCGGGAGACAAAGAAGCACGUGCUCUUUGGCACAAUUGGGGUGCCCGAGCAUGCAUACCGCUCCCGAACUAACUUCACCAGCCAGCACAACAUCAAGGUCCUCUACUUGAAUGGCUUCACCAACAAGGAUGAGGGGGUCUACACAUGCGAACUCCACCUCCCUGGCCAGCCUCUCAGCAUCUCCAACAGGAGUGUCUCAGUGUACAGAGACAAACUGGUCAAGUGUAAGGGCGUAAGCCUGCUGGCCCAGAACACCUCGUGGCUGCUGCUGCUCCUGCUCUCCUUGCCCCUUCUGCAUGCCAUGGAUUUCAUCUCCCUGUGACGGGCUGGGCCCAUGGAGGACACAGGAAGCCACACGGCUCAGUCCAGAGAUCCUACUUCUCUGAGUCAGUUGAUCCCCUCCUUCAAUCCUUCACACCCCUGGGAGACAUGGGGGCCCUGCAUUGCAUGCCAUUAUCCACCACUCCCCCACAGCCAACCCACCGCCACCUCACACCUUCUCCGCACGCCACUGGCUGUCUUUUUGUACUCUGUUCCAGAGCUGCUUCUAUGUGGUUUAUUUAAGGGUUAUCCUUCCUUUCUUUGGGAGUUUGUGAAAACUCCAGGGUCAGGGACCUGAUGGAGAGUGAGGGCAUGGGAGGGAUAGUACAGUGAAGGGGUACCAGUCCUGGGGGUCAUCCUUGCCCACUCGGGCCAGAUAAAGGAGAGACCUAGAUGAAGAGAGGGGUGGAGGUGUUUGGGCACAGCACAUCCCUCAGCAGGCGGGAUGGUGCUGAAGACCCAGAUGUAAGGGUCCCAUGAAGCAUUUGUGGCCACCGUGUGAGGAGGGAACUAAGCGUCUCUGGAUCAUUCUCAGCCCCAGCCAAAAGCUGUCUGUCCCCUUACCACUGCAGGAGUCCCCUGGGGGCCUUGGGCCAGGGGCCCAGUCCAGUGAAAACACAGAGUCUAGUGCUAAUGGAAGACUGGAGAGGGGCUAGAAGUGGGGGUCAGCACCCCUCCCUAUCAGAGGAAGCUGAACACGGGAGCCUACUGUGCAGCACUAGCUCAACCAGCAGUUGAGAAGAGGGCAGAGGAAGACAAGCUCCCACCCCACCCAGGCUGUCCAGAGCUUCUAAGAGCCUUGGGAACUCACUGGAGGCAGUAAGUCAGGCUGGGUGGAGCCCCAGAGUCUCAGAGUUUGGCCAAAGUGUUUUGAGGAGAGACCCUUCCCUGCCAGCCCCAAACAGCUGGUGCCUGAGCCCUCAGAGGGUAGAGGUCCUCUACCCCACAGACCUGCCUUCUCAAGGACCUGGGGGUCCGGGGGCAGGCCACAGAGUAAGACAUGUUGUGGGGCCUGCCUCGGGAGAUGGCUUUUCCCAAUACCCAGCUCCCCACCCAGCGGCUCUGCCCCAUCCCGUGACCGCGUGUAGUGCCACACAGCUUAUGGCAUCUCAUCAAGGAAAAAGAAAACUGCACAAUAAAAUCAGCCUCUGGUAUCUGUCUUUCUGUAUGUCUCUGCUUUGCUCCUCCGUCUCUGUCCCCAGGCCUGUCUCCCUCCCUUAGCAGGGAAUCCAGGAGGUCCGACCUGCCACAUCUCCCUCUCCCCCACCUCCCUCAGCCCUGUCUGCCCCCUAGGGUGUGCCACUGCAUGCUGGGCUCAGAAUGACUCUGACACAGACAUGUUUGCCCAAAUAAAUGAGUGGUCCAUCUCUGCUGACUCACCUCCAUCGUAUGGGGAGAGCCACAGGCCCUUGCUCCUGAAUAUGCUAAUAAGCCCUGAGGUAUAGGAAUCUGCUUUUUCUUAGAUCUGGCUGUUCUCAGAAAUACCCCCUCAGCUUGCACCUGCUAUAGAGGGGUGGGGGGCCUCUGAACUCCCUCCAGUUCAAAAUAAAAAUGUCAGACAGCACGGAGAGAACCCAGGAGCCAGAGUGCAAGCAUUUCUUCUCAAAUCCAGU